UCACGAGCCAGCACAGCUCCCUCCAGCAGAACGCGCUUCUAUCACUGCAAAGGUUCGCGAGCGCGGAGGAGGAGCUGUCAAAGUUUACAGCCAAGUCGGGCGAGUUUUCUCAAGAAGCCGAGAAGGCAAGAUCUCUGAACAUUUAGAAAACCUUGAAAGAAGAGCCCUUCUAACUAUGGAGUGAAGUCUGUGAGGUCUUAAACACAAGAAAUGGCAGGACCAACUGAGAUCGGAUUGUUUUUUACCUUACUGCUCUCAUGGAGCUUCUGUGCGACGCCGGAAAAGAAAGUGUGUCUGGGAGCGAACAACAAACUGGCUCUUCUGGGAACCGUGGAUGACCAUUAUCAGAUUCUGGUAAAAAUGUACAGCAACUGCACCGUGGUUCUGGAAAACCUGGAAAUCACAUAUAUUACAGAAAAGCAUGACUUGUCGUUUCUCAGGAGCAUCCAAGAAGUUGGCGGCUAUGUUCUCAUUGGGAUCAAUACAGCCCCCAGUAUCCCCCUUGAGAACCUGCGUAUCAUCCGCGGCCACUCUCUUUAUGAAGACAAAUAUGCUUUGGCUGUCCUCCUGAACUCCAACAGUAGCAUCGGACAAGGCGUGAACCAGUUACCACUGACUAGCUUAACUGAAAUCCUGAAGGGUGGAAUAAAAUUUGCCAGUAACGAUCAUUUAUGUAAUGUGGAGACCAUCCAGUGGAAUGAUAUUCUGAACAUGAAGAGUCAGCCUAACAUCAUAGAGCCAAAAAGCUUAGCAAGACAAUGUGAGAAGUGUGAUCCAAGCUGUUACAAUGGUUCCUGUUGGGGCCCUGGCCCCCAAAACUGCCAAAAAAUGACUAAGGUGAACUGUGCGGAGCAGUGUUCAGGGAGGUGUAAGGGAUCCAAACCCAUUGACUGCUGUAAUGAACAUUGUGCUUCUGGCUGCACUGGACCCAGACCAACCGACUGCUUGGCCUGUAAGGACUUCCAGGAUGAGGGGACAUGUAAGGACACAUGUCCACUGCUCAUGCUCUACGACCCCAACACCCACCAACUUGCUCCCAACCCUAAUGGGAAGUACAGCUUUGGGGCAACGUGCAUCAAGAUAUGCCCACACAACUAUGUGGUGACAGACCAUGGGGCAUGUGUAAGAACAUGCAGCCCUGGCACCUAUGAGGUGGAUGAGGGUGGAGUUCGGAAAUGUAAGAAGUGUGAUGGCCUUUGUCCAAAAGUUUGCAAUGGGCUGGAAAUGGGGCCUCUGGCCAAUGUCCUGUCAAUCAAUGCCAGCAACAUCGAUUCCUUUGAGAACUGCACAAAAAUCAGCGGAGAUGUUGCAAUUCUCACCACAACAUUUAAUGGUGACCCGCAUACUAAUACUCCAGGACUGGACCCGGCCAAACUCAAUGUAUUUAAAACUGUAAAAGAAAUCACCGGCUACCUGGUGAUUCAGCAGUGGCCAACAGACAUGCCAUCCCUCAGUGCCUUCGAAAACCUUGAGGUCAUCCGUGGACGUACAAAAAAGCAAACAUUCAGCUUUGCCGUUACCAAUACUGUAAUCACACAUUUAGGCCUGCGUUCUCUGAGGGAAAUCAGUGACGGUGAUGUGGUCAUCCGUCAGAAUGAGCAUCUCUGCUACACCAGCCCUGACCACUGGAGACGCCUCUUCAGAUCUGAACACCAGACUGUCAAAAUGUCAUCAAAUGCUAAUGCUAUCACCUGUGCGAAUCAGAACAGCACAUGUGAUGAGAUGUGCACAAAUGAUGGCUGCUGGGGUCCUGGUCCCACUAUGUGCUUCACUUGUAAGCAUUUCACCCGUAAAAAACACUGUGUGGCUUCCUGCAACCUGCUGGCAGGGGAGCCGCGUGAAUAUGAGGUCAAUAAAACGUGUGUCGAAUGCGACCCUGAAUGUCAGCUUAUGAAUGAAAACCUGACCUGCACUGGCCCUGGACCCGACAAAUGUACAUUUUGUGCAAACUACAAAGAUGGGCCGCACUGUGUACCACGCUGCCCGCAAGGCAUACCUGGAGAGAAAGACAUACUCAUUUGGAAAUACGCUGACAGCAUGCGAGUGUGCCAGCCCUGUCAUAAGAACUGCACCCAGGGGUGUACUGGGCCUGAUCUGAACGACUGCAAAGAUUUCAAAGUUUCAGGUUUGCCCAUGAUUGCCGCUGGUGUGGUUGGAAGUCUGCUGGCUUUUGUUAUCCUGAGUCUAGGAGUUGCUGUUCUACUGCGCAGACAGCACAUCAAAAAGAAGAGAACCCUACGAAGACUCCUGCAAGAAAGAGAGCUAGUGGAGCCUCUGACCCCCAGCGGCGAAGCCCCCAACCAGGCCUUGCUGCGCAUCCUCAAAGAGACGGAGUUCAAGAAGAUCAAAGUGCUUGGGUCCGGAGCUUUCGGCACUGUGUAUAAGGGCUUGUGGGUUCCAGAGGGAGAGAAUGUGAAAAUCCCUGUUGCCAUUAAGGUCUUACGAGAAGCCACGUCUCCCAAAGCAAACACAGAGAUCUUGGAUGAGGCCUAUGUGAUGGCGAGCACUGAGCAUCCUCACGUGUGUCGUCUGCUCGGCAUCUGCUUGACCUCCACCGUCCAGCUUAUCACCCAGUUGAUGCCCUACGGCUGUUUGCUGGACUACGUCAGAGAAAAUAAGGAGAGCAUUGGCUCUCAACCCCUGCUCAACUGGUGUGUGCAGAUUGCUAAGGGAAUGAGUUACUUAGAAGAGCGCCAUCUUGUGCACAGAGACUUGGCUGCUCGUAAUGUGCUGGUGAAGAACCCUCAACAUGUAAAGAUCACUGAUUUUGGCCUGGCCAAGCUGUUGAAUGCUGAUGAGAAGGAAUAUCACGCAGAGGGUGGAAAGGUGCCAAUAAAAUGGAUGGCACUGGAAUCCAUCCUGCAAAGGACAUACACCCACCAGAGUGAUGUCUGGAGUUAUGGUGUGACAGUCUGGGAACUGAUGACAUUUGGAACAAAGCCCUAUGAUGGAAUUCCUGCAAGUGAAAUUGCCGAAGUUCUAGAGAAAGGAGAGAGGCUUCCACAGCCUCCUAUCUGCACCAUUGAUGUGUACAUGAUAAUGGUUAAAUGUUGGAUGAUUGAUGCAGAGAGCAGGCCUCGCUUCAGGGAGCUCAUCGCUGAGUUUGCUAAAAUGGCACGUGACCCAUCCCGCUAUCUCGUCAUUCAGGGUGAUGAUCGGAUGCAUUUACCCAGUCCUUCUGACUCCAAGUUCUACCGCAGUCUGAUGAGCGGAGAGCUGGAUGAAGCUGUGGAUGCAGAUGAGUAUUUAGUGCCCAAUCACAGCUUCUUCAGCAGCCCCAGCACCUCCCGCACGCAGCUGCUGCACUCUGUGAGUCUCAACAGUAGCAUUGGGAACUGUCAUAGCAGAAACGGAAAUGGUUUCCCAGGAAGGGAGAACAGCCUAGUUCUGCGUUACAUCCCAGACCCGACAGAACGCUUCCUCGAGGGAAACUUCCAGCCCACUCCAGAAUACAUCAACCAGAAGGAAUCACUGAUGUCCAGCAUGACCAACCCAAUAUACCAACACCCUGGACCCCCUCGCAAACUUCCGCAAAAUUCAUCUGCGCUGGACGAAACUGAGGAAGAAUACCUGAACUGCUUUAAGAGCCCCACUGCUGCUGCUGGCGCCCUACCGGAGUAUCUGAACACGUCCCACACGCAGAUUCUCUCCAGUCAACCGUUCAUCAGCGUUCAGGCCUUCAACCCCCAGAACAGCAUGGACAACCCAGACUACCAGCAGGACUUCUGCCCCCUGGAGCUCAAAACAUACACCAAUGGCCACUUGCCGGCUGCAGAAAAUCCAGAAUACAUGGGGCUGGAAGUGCACUAGCACAUUACAGAGAAAAGCAACUGUUAAAAUGAGCCACUUUACAGUUGGUAAAAGAUGGAAGGACAUCUAUUUAUAGCAAACAUUUUGCCAAGUUGUCUGACAGGUAUGCCUGCCGCCAAUGACAAUUGUGGCUCUCUCUAAAUGACUAUGAAUGACAACAGGAUAGUAAUCCCACGCCAAUGCCAGUAGAAAUAUGCUGGUGUGCUGAAAUGGCAUAUCAUGAAACAAGCUUGUCAACAUGCAUGUAAAGUUUUUUAAGAGAUGUGGUUGCAGUCAGGUUAAAGAAAUAGUUCACCCCAAAAUUAAAAUGUUGUCAUCAUUUACUCAUCCUCAUGUUGUUCCGAACCUGUAUACGUUUCUUUAUGUUGAACACAAAAUAAUAUAUUUUGAGGAUUUUGAAGAAUCAAACUGUUGUUGAAUACUAUGGAAAUAGUAUGGAAGUCAGUGGAGACCAUCAGCUGUUUGAUUAGCAGCAUUCUUCAAAAUAUCUUAUUUUAUGUUCAACAUAAGAAAGAAAAUAAUACAGGUUUGGAAUGACAUGAGUAUAUUUUUAGACGAGCUAUCCCUUUAAUAAUGUUUUAAAUUAGCAAAAGAUUACAAAAUUGCACUGUGCUCAAUAGUGUCUGUAACCAUAAAACUUAGUUUUAAAGGUACAGUUGCACCAAAAUGUAUUUGAACACUGAAGUCGCAUAUAAAAAUGUGAGAAUUCUAUUGCAUUACAAAAUAUUAAGCUAAGUGACAUCUCCCAACAAAAACAGUGUAGUUCAUCAUAUUAAUACAUGAACAUGUUCCACAGUUUGUCUUCAUUUUGAAAAUAACACUACAAACAGACUUCUAAUAUUUAUUUUUUUGAAAUUCGUAUUUUUAUUCAGCAGCAAGUAAACUGAUCAGACGUGACAGUUAGACUGUAGCAUAUUUCAAAAAAGUACAUUUCAAAUCAACAUCCGUUUGGAUUUUCAUUUAAAAAAAUCUAAAAAUAAUCUGUCCCACAAAAAAAAAUAUUAAGCAGCAAAAACUGUUCUCAACAUUAAUAAGAAAUAAUUAGAAUGUUUUUUGUUUUUUGUUUUUACCACAAAAUCAGAAUAUUAGUAUGAUUUCUGAAGGAUCAUGUGACUGAUGACUGGAGUGAUGGCUGAUAAAACCGUAAAUAAAUUACAUUUUAAAAUACAGUAAAAAAGAAAAUAGUUAUUUGAAAUUAUAACAAUAUUGUACACAAUUACUGUAUUUUUGAUCAAAUAAAUGUAGACUUGGUGAGCAUAAAAGAUUUCUUUUGAAAACAUUGAAAACAAAAAUUUUACAUACCCCAAACAUUUGAACAGUAGUGUAUGACAACUUCAUAUUUUGAAAAACGUAAUAAACUGGACUAAAAUGUCCCCUUUGUUUUUAUAUUAUAGGCUAAUGCAAAGCCAUUUAUAGACUUUAAUAGUGGCUCAAGCAACCAAAUUAUUUUUGGGUACACACUGUAAACUGAACUCAGAGGUUGUUUAAUUCCUCUCUGCUGUGAAUGAAAGUCAAAUUUGAGUUAAAUUCAAGAUUUAACUGCUAUGUUUUUGCUGGAAAUGUUGGCUGUUUUGGACAGGGCUGUGACAAUGAACUGUGUAUGGAUAGAUGCAGCUUCUUCCAAAGGCCAACAUAAGAUUGGUACUUGUACAGAACUGUAAUAUAUGGCUGGUAUUUGCAUUAUUGUAUCUAACAGAGUAUUUUAUCCAUUGUCAUAAAAACCACAUAUAGGGUCACUGAUAUAUUUCAUGUCUGUUUGUUUGUCCAUGUGUCUUCACCCUCCUGUACCUUUCUUGUAUUUUGUAAUGGUAACUCAAUGAAUCUGACACAUAUCUCACAUGCUUGAUCUCUAUGAUGACUGUUACAUAAAACUAAGUAAUGUGGUUGGAUAUCUUAAAUUCACUAUCCUUCUUGCUUUGAUCAUUCCUUUGAAAAUUUGCAUUUGCCCUCAGAAUAUGGUGACAAUGUCCCUUCUUGUCUUUUGUUAAGUAAAUUCAAUAAAGUCUUGUUUUUAUGAGA